AAAGAGAAAUCUCAUCUCACUCUUUUUUUUCUCCAAACGAAAAUGAGCUUCGCAAAGCUACUUGACCUUCUCCAUUACCUUGCCAAAUUCAUUUCCAAUCUUUUACACUUUCUACGUCUCCCUGGUUUCAGCCAACCCUACAUUCCAUGGCGUGACACGUUGGAUACCGACACUUCCACCUUCGCCUUUGCUCUCCUCAUUGGUGAACACCUACCGGUCAUCAAGUUCUCUGACCUCAUCGACCCGCCAGACAACUGCCCCGUCUGUUUGUGCGAGUUUGAAGGGGAGGAUGAGAUCAGGCAGCUUAUGAAUUGUCGACAUAUAUUCCAUGGAAGAUGUUUGGACCGUUGGAUGGGAUAUGAUCAACAAACAUGUCCUCUUUGUAGAACCAAUUUGGUUCCCCAUGAUAUGGAAGAAACAUUCUAUGAGAAGCUAUGGGGUCCGUCUGGGAUCAUUGAAUUCUUUGUUGAUUAUCAUCAAAGCAAUGCUUUGUAGCCAUAGCUGUCAACUUUAAAGAGGUACAAUAAAAAAAAAAA